UUAAAUAGAAUAUUUAUUAUAAAGCCGACACUGCUAUGAAUUAUUUAUUAUUGAUCGCGCAUUUCUUGCUUGAUUUAGAUCUUAUCUGAAAUAUUCAUUAGUUAAAUUGCGACAUAUGAACGGAAUAAUUAGUCCGAGUUUGGAGUUUAUGAAAAGCUUUUCGAUGGUUGAGCUGGUGAAGAAGAAGUUCCUAAAUUGUGUAAGGCCUGCAGUGAAUGCUGUGGCAAUUUUUGGAAUGUCAAAAAUUUGGAUAAGUAAAAGAAACGGCCAAUGCACUCUAAUAAAUUCUACUGCAAUAAUAAUAUUGUCCGUACUAUUAUCGGUCACUUAUACGGUUUUAUUGGUGAUUUACUUCUUACAAAAUUGCAACGUGAACGCUGAGCAGUACGUUGUGAGGAUUUUAACCCAUGCCAUGAUUGCCUUGCGAAUUGUUAUGACCUACUCCUUUAUUGUUUACGGAGUUUAUAGAAGCAACAAUUUAAAAAAAAUCAUAGAAAAUCUCUGCUGGUACGAAGAUUUUCUGACAAGUAUGCGUUACAAAUAUGAGAACAAGAACAUCUGGUGGUUUCAAAUUGGCGCACUUACUUUCGGAAACAUUAUAGCAAUUGGUCUUUUGACUGUAGCGUUCUUUUUAGAAGAAUUCGAUAGUUUCGAACAAACGAAAAGGAUAAUGAUUUUGUCUACAACUAAUCUAUCAGGUGUGUAAAGAAAUACAACAGGCAAUAUCAUGAAAUUAUUUGUGAAAGCAUCAAUUACUUUUUCAAAUUCAAAUAAACUCAUGGUUUGUCAUGAAUUUUAGUAAUAUAAUGUAGGAUUCAAAAGGCCUUUAACAAUGAUAAGUGGGAUAUGUUAAAAAUACUUGAGAAUGUAGGGAUGAGAUUUAGGGAUAAAAAAGCGACAUAUAAUUUAUAUAAAGAGCAACGUAGAGACGUAAAUAUCAGGAAGGGAAUUAAACAACGAAGUACAUUGUCGACGUUACUUUUUAAUUUGUAUAUCGAAGAUGCUAUCAAUAUUAUUAAAGGCAGGACAAGUUUAGGAUUAGACAUGCAGGACAAAUUAUUACUUAGAUUUGUGGGUACGACAGUAAGGGGGAGUUAGAUUUAGCUUUAAAUAAAACGGAAGAGGUAUUGAUAGAAAAGCUUGGAAUAUUUUUACAAUAAACUUUUAAUAAAGGUUUUAUAACAGUGGAAUUCUUUUUAGGUGUGAUUAUGUAUAUCGUUGAAAUUUAUGUUGCGACGUUCAUGUUUACAUUUUUUAAUUUUUUUCGAGGAAUAAACACAAUAUUUAUUAAAACAAUGCAAAAUUAUUUGCAAAUUGAAGAAAAUUACUCAAAAGUUGCAGCAGCGAAAUCUGGUAAGACGUACAGGAUAACAGAAAAAUGUCAGAUCGGAUCAGGAGGAAGUGGAAUACUUCAAUAUUUCGAGAGAAACCAAAUAAAUUUAUGCAAAGAGAUUUUUGACUAUGAUUUUUGCCGAAAAUUAAAUGAUGCAUCGAAAGCAUGUCACACUUUGAAAGCUUUUAUCUUUUAAUACAGAAACGACUCUGCUCUACUUCUUCCUGGCGAUGAUCCUGCAAACGCUCUUGAUCAGAACAAUAUGCAUUACAGAUCGAACAAUCCAACCCCAAAGUAUUGGAUACUUGGUAUUGACUGAUUUUCCGGAUUAUAAUACGGCGCUCAUUACCAAGUUGAGACAACACAAUAGUGUCAAAGUUCAAAAUUCUCUGCAAUUUAUAAUGAAUUCGUACGACAACCUCAUCCGUACAGCUCGUGAUUUUAACGACAUUGUAGCAAUAGACUUACUAUUGUUUCUGCUCUUAGAAUUUUUCCUUAUAUUGGUGACAUUAUUUAAUAUUUAUUACUACUUUAGCGUAAAACAAAACAUUUUGGCUGCAAGUUCUGAUAUACUCAGAUUGACGUUAAGUUUCAUGAGACUACUUAGUGUACUGAAGUUCUACUCGGACGUUCAAAAAGAGGCUUAUAAAACGGGAAUUUAUAUUCAUCGAUAUUUAAUGGAUACUGAAUGUAAUAAUGUACGCAAGAAGGUGAGUUAUGAUUUAUUAUGUUGGACUCAAGCUGUGAAAAAUAUAAACUGAUAGGAAUGCAAAAAAGAAAAGAUGAUAAAUAAUUAUAAGUCGAUUUAAGUAAUUACAAAAUUUGCUCCCUAUUACAACAAAACCUUAUACUGUUCUUUCAUAAGUACGUAUAUAUUCAAAAUUGAAGUAAUAACAAGUUAUGGACAACAUAUCGCAAUCUACCGAUAUUUAUUGCUAACUAUAGAAUUUCAUCAGUUCGAAAAGGACCGUACGAAGGUUUCUACUCGUUAAAACUGUCGAACAUAAUAAAUAACACUAUUAAUACAACUUUCAAAUUAGGACACGAAAAAUUUACACCGAUUUAAACCAAGUUAAAUUCGUAUGACAAGUAGGGAAAGGUGCCGUAAGAAGUAAUGUGCUUAAGUUUUAAUGAAAAUAUGUUUUUGCGAAAUUAAAGGAUGUUUUAUGAUUUUGGAUCCAUUUUAACCAAUUUUCAAAUUUGGAAGCCGAAAUUUUCAUCGUUUACAGUGGUUCAAACGAAUUUAAUUUUGUUUUAAAAAAGCGCGGCAGGUUGUCGUAAGGAGUACGAUGACUUGUGCUUUGAUGAUAAGGGGAAAUUAAAGGAAAUGAUUUAUUAUUUCGGAUUUUUCUCAAUUUUCACAUUUGGACGCGCAAAAUGUCGCACCUUAUAGUAAUUAAAAUGAAUUUGUAUGUGUAUGAUAUAAACGCGGUAGGGGGUCGUAAAAUGUUUUUUUUUGCAAAAUCAAAAGAUGAUUCCUAAAUUAAAAAUUAAUUUAUUCAAAUGUUUUCGUCAUUUCCAUUUUUCAGUUAUUAUGAUUACGUUCUAAUACUUUACUGAUUAAGUUAUCAUUGUUUUAAGUCCAAAUGCAUAUUAAUAUAUUGUCUUUAUUAUUUAUUCAAGUAAUCUUUUGCUAUUAAGUUAAAGCGAUCGUUAAUAAUUAAAGGCUUACUUCAUUACGACAGGUGUAAUUACUAGAUAAUCUAAGUAAUGACUAAAAUUCGAAAUGCUUCCUAAUGGAUUUAUUGUAUUAUAAUUGUCCUAUUUAAUUUCACUUUUGAAAUAUCAAUUACAUUUGAAAUAUUUUCAGUAAAAUUUACUGAUAGAAUUAUAUUCAUUCUAGAUGAUAGAGACAACUUACUAAAUUCGUUUUUAUACAGUUGUUUUGUCAAGAAUUUGUUUUCUCACUUUUUUACAAUAAAUAUCGUUCUAAAAAUUCGAUGUUCUCAUAAUAUUAACAUAAUUAUGGCAUUAUUUUUGUUUCAGAUGAUAAUAUUUAGCCGACAGGUGCUACUUAAUCCGCUCAAGUUCACAGCACAUGGAUUAGUUCAUAUCAAACUACAGCUGUUAUCUCAGGUGAUAUUAGUUAAAUAUUUAAUAUAUGUUUGUUAUAUGAUUAGAGCUUUUAAAAUAGCUGGAAGCUGAGAUGCUUAAUAACCAAUGCAAUAUUGGAAAAUAUUUUUUUACCAUUAUUUUAGAUUGUACGAACUGCUGCUACAUAUCUAUUUAUUUUAUUACAAUUUCAAGAAGAAAAUUUGUCAAAUAAAACUUGAAUAAAAUCUAGUCUACAUAAAAAAAGGU